AAUAAAGGAAUAGUGAGCAAUCAAGAUGAUUCGUCAACUACUACUAAGUACAACAGCUUGUUGUCAACAAGAGAGGCAGAGAAGGAAGAGGAGAGGUAGGUGAUGAGCAAGGUGAAGAUGGGCGAGUUAGAACAAGAAGAGAUAGUCGACCAUGAGUCAGAGAAGAAGGAGGCGGCCUCAGCCGCCAGCAGGCUGCAACUGUCGUCGUCGUCGUUGAGGGAGGCGCUCUCCUCCACUUCCUCCCUGUCCAGGCUCUCCCUGUCCCUCUCCCUGAGAGAACAGCACCACGACGAGGAAGGUGAGCUGAAAUGGGCGGCCAUCGAGCGGCUGCCAACCAUGGACAGGCUCCACACCUCGCUGCCUCUCCAUGCCAAGGCCAAUGCCGGCGACGGUGCCCAUCUGCUGGAGCCGGUGGACGUGCGGACCCUGGGUGCGGCAGACCGGCGGGAGCUCGUGCACAACCUCAUCGCUGACAUCCACAAGGACAACCUCCGCCUGCUCCGCUACCAGCGCCGCCGGAUGGACAGGGUGGGCGUGCGGCAGCCCACUGUUGAGGUCCGCUGGCGGAACGUCCGUGUCGAGGCCGAGUGCCAGGUCGUCGACGGCAAGCCGCUGCCCACGCUCCUCAACUCCGCCAUAUCCACGCUCUCUCUGCUCACCACCAUGCUGGGCUUCAAGCGUAACCAAGAAAGGAUCCACAUCCUCAAAGAUGUCACCGGCAUCCUCAAACCUUCCAGGAUGACCCUACUCCUUGGACCCCCAGGCUGCGGAAAAACAUCCCUCUUGCUAGCACUUGCGGGAAAGCUCAACAGAAAUCUCAAGGUAACAGGAGAAACUGAAUACAAUGGCGUCAAGCUGCAAGAUUUUGUUCCGGAGAAGACAGCAGCUUACAUUGGUCAGUAUGAUCUUCAUGUCCCUGAGAUGACUGUCAGGGAGACGCUCGACUUCUCUGCAAGAUUCCAGGGCGUCGGCAGCAGAGCAGAAAUCAUGAAGGAAGUCAUUAGAAGGGAGAAGGAGGCCGGUAUCACCCCUGACCCCGACAUAGAUACGUACAUGAAGGCAAUAUCUGUGGAAGGUUUAGAAAGAAGCAUGCAAACAGAUUACAUUAUGAAGAUCAUGGGACUUGACAUAUGCGCUGAUGUACUAGUGGGAGAUGCCAUGAGAAGAGGUAUUUCAGGCGGUGAGAAGAAAAGACUAACCACAGGAGAGAUGAUAGUAGGGCCCUCAAAAGCACUCUUCAUGGAUGAAAUAUCAACUGGGCUGGACAGUUCGACCACCUUUCAAAUUGUUUCUUGCCUCCAACAGCUAGCUCAUAUAUCAGAGUCUACCAUACUGGUCUCACUCCUUCAACCAGCACCAGAGACUUAUGACCUUUUUGAUGAUAUUAUCUUGAUGGCUGAAGGACAAAUCGUUUACCAUGGCCGUAAGGAUUGCAUUAUGAGUUUCUUUGAAUCGUGUGGAUUUAAGUGUCCCGAAAGAAAAGGGGGCGCUGACUUUCUUCAAGAGGUCUUGUCAAAAAAGGAUCAACAGCAAUACUGGAGCCGUACCAAAGAAAGAUAUAAUUUUGUUACAGUUGACCAAUUCUGUGACAAGUUCAAAGCAUCUCCAAGUGGUCAGAAUCUUGCGGAGGAGCUUUUGAAGCCGUAUGACAAAUCAAAAGGACACAAGGAUGCCCUGUCCUUCAGCAUCUACUCAUUAUCCAAGUUGGAUCUCCUCAAGGCAUGUUUUGCGCGGGAGCUCCUCCUUAUGAAAAGGAAUGCCUUCCUGUAUAUAACAAAAACCAUUCAGCUUGGACUACUUGCUGUUAUUACUGGGACUGUAUUUCUGCGCACGCGUAUGGGUGUUGACAGGGUUCAUGCUAACUAUUACAUGGGUUCAAUCUUUUAUUCCCUCCUGCUUCUGAUGGUGAAUGGGUUCCCUGAACUGGCCAUGGCAGUUAGCAGACUCCCUGUCUUCUACAAACAGCGAGACUACUACUUCUAUCCUGCAUGGGCUUAUGCAAUACCAUCUUUUAUCUUAAAGAUUCCAGUCUCUUUAGUUGAGUCAGUAGCUUGGACAUCAAUAUCCUACUUCCUGAUUGGCUAUACCCCGGAAGCAUCCAGAUUUUUCCGUCAGCUCCUCAUCCUCUUCCUCAUCCACACCUCAGCAUUAUCAAUGUUUCGAUGUGUCGCCUCAUACUGUCAAACAAUGGUGGCUGGUUCAGUCGGUGGUACGCUGGCAUUUCUGGUCAUCCUUCUGUUUGGGGGUUUCAUAAUUCCUCGCCCAUUUCUGCCUAAUUGGCUAAAAUGGGGAUUUUGGAUCUCCCCGUUGUCUUAUGCUGAGAUAGGCUUAACUGGAAAUGAGUUUUUGGCUCCAAGAUGGUUGGAGAUCACGGCAUCUGGUGCAAAACUUGGAAGGAUUAUAUUAAUGGAUAAAGGGCUAGACUUCUCCAGCUACUUCUACUGGAUAUCAGUCGGAGCACUCAUUGGGUUUAUUUUGUUGUUUAAUGUAGGCUAUGCCACUGGCUUGACUAUUAAAAACCUUCCAGGAACUUCUCAAGCUAUUAUAUCUCGCAAUAAGCCUACCACAUUUGACGAAAAUGACCAAGAUAUGUUCAUGGAUACGAAAAAUGGGAUGCCUAAGUUACAAGCAGAAACUGCUUUGACAGCUAAUAGGACUGGCAGGAUGGCAUUGCCUUUCACACCCCUUAUAAUAUCAUUCCAGGAUGUCAACUACUAUGUAGACACCCCUGCGGAAAUGAAGGAGCAUGGUUACAUGGAAAGUAAACUACAACUACUCCACAAUAUCACAGGAGCAUUCCAGCCAGGGGUUCUCUCAGCACUCAUGGGGGUUACUGGAGCUGGAAAAACAACACUCCUUGAUGUUCUUGCUGGAAGGAAAACAGGUGGUGUUAUUGAAGGGGAUAUAAGAAUAGGAGGUUAUCCCAAAAUCCAAGAAACUUUUGCUAGGAUAUCAGGCUACUGUGAACAGACAGAUGUUCAUUCUCCCCAAAUCACAGUUGGAGAGUCAGUAGCAUAUUCAGCCUGGUUGCGCCUUCCACCAGAAAUUGAUUCAAAAACAAGAAAUGAAUUUGUCAAUGAAGUCCUUGAAACAAUUGAGUUGGACGACAUUAGGGAUUCCUUGGUUGGAAUACCAGGGGUAAAUGGACUAUCGACAGAGCAACGGAAAAGGCUUACUAUUGCAGUCGAGCUUGUAUCUAAUCCUUCAAUCAUAUUCAUGGAUGAGCCAACAUCAGGUUUGGAUGCAAGGGCAGCUGCCAUCGUCAUGCGUGCAGUGAAGAACGUUGCAGACACAGGCCGAACAGUUGUAUGCACCAUUCACCAACCAAGUAUUGAGAUAUUUGAGGCAUUUGAUGAGUUGCUGCUUAUGAAAAGGGGUGGAAAGUUGAUUUAUGCUGGGCCACUUGGACACCUUUCGUGUGAGGUCAUCCGAUAUUUCCAGGAAAUACCUGGGGUGCCCAGGAUCAAGGACAAUUACAACCCAUCAACAUGGAUGUUAGAAGUUACUUCUACAUCUAUGGAAGUUCAAUUGGGAGUAGAUUUUGCACAAAUGUACAGGGAAUCAUCAAUGUGCAAGGACAAGAACAUACUGGUAAAGCGCCUGAGCAUACCAGUUCCAGGUACAAGUGACCUCCAUUUCCCAACACAGUUCCCACAGAAGUUUUGGGAGCAAUUCAAAGCUUGCCUCUGGAAGCAGUCUUUGUCAUAUUGGAGAACCCCUUCCUACAACCUGGUGCGGAUGGUGUUCAUAACAGUCACAUGCAUUUCCUUCGGUGUUUUAUUCUGGCAGCAAGGAAACAUCAACCGCAUAAAUGACCAGCAAAGUUUGUUUACCAUAUUGGGGUGCAUGUAUGGAAUCACUCUGUUCUCUGGCAUCAACAACUGCCAAUCGGUGAUGCCAUUUGUAUCCGUUGAGCGCUCCGUCGUGUACCGGGAAAGGUUUGCAGGGAUGUACUCACCUUGGGCCUACUCCUUUGCUCAGGUCGCCAUGGAGAUACCUUAUGUGCUGGUGCAGGUACUGCUGUUCAUGGUGAUAUCAUACCCGAUGGUAGGGUACACGUGGACACCAGCGAAGUUCUUUUGGUUCAUGUAUACCAUGUUUUGCACGCUGCUCUACUUCCUCUACCUGGGAAUGUUGAUGGUGUCACUCACCCCCAACAUCCAAGUCGCAUCCAUACUUGCAUCCAUGUUCUAUACCCUACAAAACCUCAUGUGUGGCUUCAUCGUGCCUGCACCACAAAUACCAAGAUGGUGGAUAUGGCUCUACUAUAUCUCUCCAAUGUCAUGGACGCUCAAUGUCUUCUUCACCACACAGUUCGGGGACGACACCGACAGAAUGGUCAUGGUAUUUGGAGAGACCAAAUCCAUUGCAGUUUUCAUGAGGGACUACUUUGGUUUUCGCCGUGACCUGCUGCCACUGUCAGCCAUAGCUCUGGCGGCAUUCCCCAUCCUCUUUGCCGUCCUCUUUGGAUACAAUAUCUCAAAGCUCAAUUUCCAAAGGCGAUAGACACACAGGUACUAAAAGUAGUAGAACCGUAGCACAAUACAGAAUAGGUAUUGCACUCCAUGUACACAAAUUUAAACCAUGUGUUUGCUUGAGUAAACAAAAAGGUCAGUGUAUUUUCUGUGUAAUCCUGAUACAUAGCACAACGUAAUGGCCGUGUGUGAUAUUAUUAUCAAUAGAGGCUCUUAGGCACUUUCUCUGCAGUUUGUAUCAUUUGUUAUUAUUGUAAAUUUGUAAUAGAAGUCUUUUACUGACGAAAAAAAAGCA